AUGGCCGACGGUCCCGGCAGCUCCCUGCCCCCCCUGGCCAGUGCCAUGCUGCCCACCCCGGUCUUGAGCUUAGAGCAAAGGGCCGCUUUGGUUUUCGUUUUCCUUCUCUUUGUCGUCCUAGGAGUGCUGAUCGUCCGCUGUUUCAGGAUCUUGCUGGAUCCCUACCGCAGCACUCCGACCUCGACGUGGACCGACUACAUGGAAAAGGACGCCUUUGGUUACCGGCUGGCCUGA